UAAACCAAAACUACUUUACUUCAACUAUUCUUAAUUUUUUACCUUUACUUUUUUUCCUUCUCUAAUCUUCAACCACUUAAAAAUUUCUAAUUCUGCUUCUUCUUCUUUUUAUUGCUGUUUGCUCUUCUCUCAAAAUUUUCAAAAAACCCACUUUGCCUUUUUCUUUUUCUUUUUUCUUUUUUUUUUUUGGUUCUUCUUUUGUGGGGGGAAGGGGGUCUUUUUUGGGUUUCUAAUCCUUCACAUGUAGCCAACUAAAGCCUCAAACUUUACUCAAAAACAGAAACGCUUUCCUUUCUAUUUUGAUUUCCCUUGUUCUCUUUUCUUGUUCUUGUUGAUAUGAAUAGUCUUUAGUAAAAUGUUUCAGCGGCUGGGAACGAUUGUUUUUGGGGCUUGGAUCAGCAAUACGGUACCGUUUUUCUGGCUUGUUCUCUGGAUCUCUUGAUUGCUUAAAGAUUCAAUUUUGCUAAAUCAAGUGAAACGUCUUUCUGGAUAUUGUUUUAUUUUAUCUUCUUAGUAUUGGGUGAAAUUAGAUAUAGUUUGGUGGGUGCUGAGCUCUGAUCUCGAAAGGUUUAAUUUUUAUGCUUUUCUUGUGUUUGGGGGAGUUGUCUAAUAAUAGACAAAACGAGGAUAACGAUGUCUCCAAUCUGGAUAUCGCUGUCUCUUUUGCCUUUAUCUCUAUCUUGGCUCUUUACAUUAAAGAAAUAUAAAAGUUAAGAGAGAAAUUCAAUUAACAAGUUGUGUCCAUUUUUAAAGUCCUUUCAAGUGCUACAAGGUUUGUAUUUCUUGAGGUUGUGAUUUUUAAAGCGGGUAAAUUACAUGGGUUUGCUUUAGAUGUCCAUUAUGGGCAAUUUUAACUUAAGUUCCAGGAAAGUGUUCUAAUCUGUGUGAUUGAAGGAAGCCACUUUGGUUUUGUUUUAGGUUUCUAGCAUCUUGUAAUAUUUGUAGAUUUGGGGUUCAGUUUAGCAAAUUAAAGUCUCUUUUCUAUCUGGGUUCUAAAGCUUUUUAAAGUGUUCAAGUGCGAUUAAGGAAAGGAAGCUACUUGGUUCUUGUUUGGUUCUUUGUGGCCAAGAAUAUGUGUUAGGUCUCAAGUUAGAUUUGAGGAAGGAAAAGAACUAAAGAGCCGCAUUUUGGGUUUUUUUGGGUUGCAUUUGUUGCUGGGUGUUUGUGAAGAUUCUGUUUUCUUGGUGAUAUUGAAUUUGAAAAGAUGGCAAUGUCCUGCAAGGAUGGUAAGCAACCCGCAAACUUGGACAAUGGAAAAUAUGUCCGUUACACACCUGAGCAGGUCGAAGCCCUUGAGAGGCUCUAUCAUGAGUGCCCUAAACCCAGCUCUAUUCGCCGUCAACAGUUCAUCAGGGAGUGCCCAAUUCUCUCUAACAUUGAACCAAAACAAAUUAAAGUUUGGUUCCAAAAUAGAAGAUGUAGAGAGAAGCAGAGGAAAGAGGCAUCACGCCUCCAAGCGGUGAACAGGAAGCUGACUGCAAUGAAUAAGCUUCUCAUGGAGGAAAAUGAUAGGUUGCAGAAGCAAGUGUCACAGCUGGUGUAUGAAAAUGGCUACUUUCGCCAACAUACACAGAAUACAACGCUUGCAACCAAAGAUACAAGUUGUGAUUCAGUAGUAACAAGCGGUCAACACCACUUGACACCUCAGCAUCAACCAAGGGAUGCGAGUCCUGCAGGACUUUUGUCCAUUGCAGAAGAGACUUUAACAGAGUUUCUUUCAAAGGCCACUGGAACUGCUGUGGAGUGGGUCCAAAUGCCUGGAAUGAAGCCUGGUCCGGAUUCCAUUGGAAUCAUUGCUAUUUCUCAUGGUUGCACUGGCGUGGCAGCACGAGCCUGCGGCCUAGUGGGUCUAGAACCUACAAGAGUCGCAGAAAUUCUCAAGGAUCGGCCAUCAUGGUUCCGUGAUUGCCGAGCUGUGGAUGUGCUGAAUGUGCUGCCUACUGCCAACGGUGGAACCAUUGAGCUGCUAUACAUGCAGCUCUAUGCUCCAACCACAUUGGCACCUGCUCGUGACUUUUGGUUGCUGCGCUACACUUCUGUUUUAGAAGAUGGCAGCCUUGUGAUCUGUGAAAGAUCACUUAAAAAUACUCAAAAUGGCCCGAGCAUGCCACCAGUACAGCAUUUUGUCAGAGCGGAAAUGCUACCAAGCGGGUACCUGAUAAGACCUUGUGAAGGGGGCGGUUCAAUUAUACACAUAGUUGAUCAUAUGGAUUUAGAGCCAUGGAGUGUGCCUGAGGUUUUGCGGCCACUGUAUGAAUCAUCAACAGUACUUGCUCAAAAAACAACGAUGGCGGCUCUGCGCCAGCUAAGGCAGAUAGCACAAGAGGCUUCUCAGUCUAACGUAACAAACUGGGGCAGACGACCUGCAGCCUUGCGAGCAUUGAGCCAGAGGUUAAGCAGGGGUUUUAAUGAGGCUCUUAAUGGGUUUACUGAUGAGGGGUGGUCAAUGAUGGGAAACGAUGGCAUGGAUGAUGUGACUAUCCUUGUAAAUUCAUCUCCGGAGAAGUUAAUGGGUUUAAAUCUCUCCUUUAGUAAUGGAUUUCCAGCUGUCAGCAAUGCAGUAUUAUGUGCCAAGGCAUCAAUGCUUUUACAGAAUGUUCCUCCUGCAAUACUUCUUAGAUUUUUGCGGGAGCAUAGGUCGGAAUGGGCAGACAACAAUAUUGAUGCGUACUCAGCUGCUGCUAUUAAAGUUGGCCCUUGUACCUUACCUGGGACUCGAAUUGGUAGUUUUGGAGGCCAAGUCAUACUUCCACUGGCUCAUACUAUUGAACAUGAAGAGUUCUUGGAGGUCAUUAAAUUGGAAGGUGCUGGCCAUUCUCCCGAGGAUCCAAUAAUGCCUAGAGACAUGUUUCUCUUGCAACUCUGUAGUGGGAUGGAUGAGAAUGCUGUUGGGACCUGUGCCGAGCUUAUAUUUGCUCCCAUUGAUGCAUCCUUUGCUGAUGAUGCACCACUUCUACCUUCUGGUUUUCGCAUUAUUCCCCUUGAUUCUGCAAAGGAAGCAUCCAGUCCAAAUCGCACGCUAGAUCUUGCAUCUGCUCUUGAAAUUGGACCUGCUGGAAACAAGUCAUCCACCGAUUACUCUUCCAAUUCUGGAUGUAUGAGAUCUGUGAUGACCAUUGCAUUUGAAUUUGCAUUUGAGAGCCAUAUGCAAGAACAUGUAGCAUCAAUGGCUCGGCAAUAUGUUCGGAGUAUUAUAUCAUCUGUUCAGAGAGUUGCAUUAGCACUCUCUCCUUCUCAUUCGGGGUCACAUGCUGGACUUCGGACACCUCUUGGUACUCCUGAAGCACAGACCCUUGCUCGUUGGAUCUGCCAGAGCUAUAGGUGCUACUUGGGUGUUGAACUACUCAAAUCUAGCAGUGAAGGAGGUGAAUCUAUCCUGAAAACCCUCUGGCAUCACUCUGAUGCUAUCAUGUGCUGCUCUCUGAAGGCAUUGCCAGUCUUCACUUUUGCAAACCAAGCAGGGCUUGACAUGUUAGAGACAACUUUGGUUGCAUUGCAAGACAUUACUCUGGAAAAGAUAUUUGAUGAUCAUGGACGGAAGACUCUCUGCUCUGAGUUCCCACAAAUAAUGCAACAGGGUUUUGCUUGUCUUCAGGGUGGUAUCUGUUUGUCAAGCAUGGGCAGACCAGUGUCUUACGAAAGAGCAGUGGCAUGGAAGGUGUUAAAUGAAGAAGAAAAUGCACACUGCAUCUGCUUUAUGUUUAUAAACUGGUCUUUUGUGUGAGAUAUUAGGCCAGAAUGCAAGUGGAAGGUUAAAAGAGAAACGUAACUCUAGAAGUAUGCUAUUUUGUUGGCUUGUUUAUCUAUUAUCUAUGACGAACUUCGAAUACUUGGUAGAACCUAUAAGGUGUUCGUUUGUCAUGUGCCCUGAACUUCGUUUUGAGUGUGGGAAUUAUUCUCCUAGAAAUUACUUGGGAUCAUUGUAUUUGACACUAUAAUUUCUAGGACUGCAAAUUCACUUUGCUUUUAGCUGAUUUUGUUA